CCGCUGGGGACGCAUGCGCAAACGGUACGGGGCAGCCUCGGAGACCCAAAGGGGAAUUGAAGGAGACGGGCGACGCGGCCGAGGGCACCUGGUCAGGGUCGCGGCUGCCGCCGUCAUGCCGGGGAUAGUGGAGCUGCCCACUCUGGAAGAGCUGAAAGUGGAGGAGGUGAAGGUCAGCUCAGCCGUGCUUAAAGCUGCCGCCCACCACUAUGGGGCUCAGUGUGAUAAGGCCAAUAAGGAGUUCAUGCUGUGCCGCUGGGAGGAGAAGGACCCCAGGCGCUGUCUGCAGGAGGGCAAGCUGGUCAACAGCUGUGCGCUGGACUUCUUCAGGAAGAUAAAGCGUCACUGUGCAGAGCCUUUCACAGAGUACUGGACAUGCCUCGAUUAUUCCCACCUGCAGAUGUUUCGUCGCUGCCGCAAACAGCAGGCAAAAUUUGACCAGUGUGUGCUGGACAAUCUGGGCUGGGUGCGGCCUGACCUUGGGGAGCUGUCCAAGGUCACCAAAGUGAAAACAGAGCGCCCUUUACCAGAGAACCCUUACCACUCAAGAGAGAGGCCGGAGCCCAACCCUGUGAUAGAUGAGGAUCUGAAGCCUGCCAAACACGGCAGCCGGUUUUUUUUCUGGACCACGUAAGAUGGGUCCAGAGCCCACACGUGCCCAGAUGACAGCUGAUGAAAAUACCCAUGCCGCUCGCGUGUUCUUUCCUGGAUCACGGACGUUAACAAAAAAAUUAAUUUAUGUGACUUGGCAGUUAUUCUAUACAUUUCCUGUCCAUUAAAAUUUUAAAGGAAA